CACUGCAAUAGUUUUCGUUUUGACGCAUGUUGUGGCGGUCAUACUCCUAUUGUUUGCGCAUAAGGGAUUGUUUGUGUGUUGUGUUGAGUGCUUGACGGAACAGUUGAUAAAUGGCGGGGGCGAUAUUAGAAAAUCUAAGUGGGAGAAAGCUGACCAUACUGAUAUGUUUUUUAAUGUUGUGUCAGGUUAUUUGUUUUCUGAUUGGCGGACUUGUUGCACCGACGCCGUCUACCGCAGACCACAUUUUGGCCACAAAAUGUUGGGAUCCUGAUCCCAAAAAUAACACCGAGAAGUGGUUCUACGCUCGAGGUCGCGGUAAAUGUCAAACAAUUGAUAUACACGAUCACACUGAGCCAAAUAUGCAAGCAAAUAAUAUUGUCUUCGUUUUUCAAAUUCCACUACCAAGAGACAGUUUAAUGCACGAUUACUCGCGGUGGCAACAAAAUCUUAUUGGAAUCCUACAGAUUGAUAUAGUGUACCAAAAAGGAGUCGAUGAAAUGGAGCCGCGAGUUCCGUUGACGCUAAAUGCAAGGCUGGCUUACCGAAAUAAAGGUGAUGCCGAUGACGACUGGAAAAGUUAUGCCGCUUCAAUUGAAGAAAGGAUUCUUGAGUGUUCAUCUGAUAGAAAACCUGGUUACAACUAUAACUGUUCAUUAGUUCCGUUGUUUGAGUUAGGUUCUCUUCAUCAUGAUUUCUAUUUAUUAAAUAUUCGCCUGCCAGUGGAUGCCAAUAAAACCAUUAACAAAGGUCUGGGACAUGUAGAAGACUUGUGGCUAGUUACCAUUAAUCAGAAUGGAGGUUUUACAAAAGUUUGGGUGUCUCUUAAAAGCGUAUUCUUCCCAAUAAUUAUUGGUAUAAUGGUAUGGUUCUGGAAAAGAGUGCAUCAGUUGUCUCGCUCCCCAGCACUUUUGGAGUACAUGCUGUUUUCUUUAGGAAUUGCACUAACUGUGUUGAAUGCACCACUUGAAUAUUUAACACUAUCAUUUGACAUGCCUUUCAUGUUGCUCCUUUGUGAUAUACGGCAAGGCAUAUUUUACGCAACACUGCUGUCUUUCUGGUUGAUAUUUGCUGGAGAGCAUCUGAUGAUUCAAGAUACUGCGGAAAAAAAUACGCUGCGCACGUACUGGAAACAUCUGAGUGCUGUAGCUACUGGUUGCAUUUCUCUUUUGGUGUUUGAUAUAUGUGAACGUGGGGUGCAACUAAGAAAUCCGUUCUACUCCAUUUGGGAUACAGACCUGGGAACAAAUUUGGCCCUAUCUUUCAUUAUAUUGGCUGGUAUAUCAGCAGGAGUAUAUUUUCUAUUUCUAACUUACAGAAUUUGGGCAGUGUUUUGCAACAUAAGUGCUAAAAGAUCAGCACUGCCUUCAUUGUCUUGUGCACGCCGUUUGCAUUACCAGGGAGUAAUAUAUCGAUUCAAGUUCCUCAUGUUAGCUACAUUGCUUUGUGCAUUAAUGACCGUUGUGGGCUUCAUUCUGGGACAAGUAUCUGAGGGACGGUGGAAGUGGAAUGAUCAAAUAGAGAUUGAAUUCACAUCAGCUUUUUUCACGGGUGUCUAUAGCAUGUGGAAUAUUUACAUAUUUGCACUUAUUGUUUUAUAUGCUCCCUCUCACAAACAAUGGCCAUCAGAAGCAGAUAUACGCAGCAAUUGUAAUGAGGAGAUUGAAUUCAGCCGAUUAGCUACUGAUCCCAGUGAAAUCUCAUCUUUAACGUCAUUUGCAAGGAAAUCUGCACUUGAUUAAUGGGAGUCUGUUGGUUGGUUGCAAGGUCUGUUGCCAUUGUCUUCAAUACCAGAAUCUGAUAUUGAACACAGUUUGAUUUAUGGUAAUAUGUGUACUUACAGGUGGUGUAAAUGUAGGCAUUUGUUCAAAAUGCAGGUGAAAGAUGUGGCAUGAAAUAGUGAAUUAGCAUUGAGCAUGAUUUUGUGUAAUAAUUCCAGUCAUAAUUAUAAUCAUAUAGUAUUACCUGUAGCUUAAAAAGUGAUUAAAAUUUACAUUUUCAAGUUGAUGAUAUGUCAAUGGGGGACAUUCUCUGUAUGAACUAAUCUUAGUUGGGACAUUACUGACACUACGCUAUGUUUAUACCAUAGAAAAAUUUCUGUCAAAUUUUCAUAAGCACUUCAUUGUAAUCUCAAAUACAGAUCUGCUGUAUUUUAGUGGCUGUAAUUAUGUGUUUGAAGUAAUUGGCUUUUGUUACAUUACUGACACUUCAUUAUUUUUAUAUUUUAAAAACAUUGCUACCAAAUAAAUAAGGGCUUAAUUGCAUUCUCAGAAAUCUACAUUUAACAUACUGUAGACUGAGCUUAGUAAGUAUAUUGAUGAAGUGUGUUUAUUGUUGUAUUUAUGUACGUCUUUCAACAAAUGCAUAUUUAACUAGAGAAUCUCUUAUUGUCUGGCAGAUGUGCGUCAUAGAGUUUUUUUUUUAAUAAUUAUUACAUUUCAUACAUAUUCAUGGGCAUCUGCAGAAAUUUGUCAGGGGGAGGAGGAUGGCAAGACUCUAAAAUUACCAUUUUAUUUUAAUGAUUCUGUCACUUUAAAAUUGGGUUGUACCACAAGAAAUAAAUUUUGUAGGUGACAAAAAAAAUUAUUCGUGUUACCUCAGUACUUGCUGUAGGUAGCUCACUUCAGGAAGUGUGUGAGGAUUCUGUGAUGACUAAAAACUCUGUAAUCCAGAUUCCAGGGGAAGGGGGUAAGUGCACUAUCUUCCUUUACACCUCCUCCCCCUGUUUACAGCCGGCUGUGUUCAUAUUCUGCAUUCAAAAUUUGAAUUUAUCUGUUAGAAGGCAUGUGUAUGGGCAUUAACUGAGCACAAUAUUAUUGCACUAGGCCUCUUUCGUGGCACCCUCUUUCUGCAGGUGCAGUAAAAUUGUGGUUGACUGAUAUAUGCUGUUUUGCUUAUAAGAAUCAUUUAAUUUUCUUAUUAAAUUAGUGACCUGAUAGGUUUUCAUUCAAUAAGAGACCUUUCUUCCUUAAUAGUAAGGUCUUUUCUGAUCUACAUUUCAAGUGGAUUACUUUUGUGUGGUUUUAUAGUCAGUGAACUGACUUGCAUUAACCUAAAUUCUCCUAUUUCAUAUGGUAAUAUUUUGUUUAUUCAUUGAUUCAAUACAAACUUAAUGCAUCUAAUACCAGUACAUGAUUUCUAUUAUGUUGUGAAUAUUGUUUCUGCAUUUUCAUUUAGUCACUUUUAGUAACAACAUGGCAACUUAAACACACAUAUGUUAAAGGUUUUACAAUCAAUGUAAUAGUUUCUACACAUUAACAUAAUAAAAUUUGUAUGUGAUGAUGUGUUUAGUGCUUUGGUACUGUAUAGUGGAUUGAAAAUUAAAAUGUUCCUGCAGAUAAAGCAUUUAGGAAAGAUGACCAGUCCUAUAGGUGCCACCUUACUUAUGUCAGAUUUUACACAUGUUUAUAUUUUCCUUGGACUAACAGCCGUUCAUUUCUGGAAAGCUGGUAGGGGAGGGGGGAGGGAAGGCCAAGAUUGGAGCAGUCCUAUUAUUGUGUGUUGUGUGGAGUAAUGUUGACAGAGCACUUGUUGUGAAGUGUGAUUAAAACAUAACUUAGUGUGUCGACAAUUGACUGUAAGUGGCCAAAGUGUUUUGUUGUAGUAAUGAGUUGUGUUGAAACCUGACACAAAUAUAACCACUGACUGUGCUAUGCAUUUGAAUAAGCAGCUGUCCUAAUCGCAUAUUUCACAAGGUAUUCACCAUAACAAUUCUUUGGCUCAUGAUACAAAGUCUAAGCUACAGUGUGAAUUAACUAGACAUAAAUAUGCUCUGAUCAAUGGCUAUCUUCUGAAUUACUGUUUGAACUGUUCAGGAGCUGUGGCCAAGGGACCUCUCUCAAAAUCACAGUCAUUGCUCUCAUCAACUCGCAGCAAAACGUAUCAACUUCCACCUCAGCCUAUAUCUUGGACUUUGCUACCCUUCAGUGUGCCACCAAACUAAAUUUUUUUUUAUAAAAAAAAGAUUGGAAAUAUUUGCUGCCAAAGCUACAAUAUUGUUUAUUCACCUAUCACAUUUUUGUUCCUUCACACUAAAUCUGUAAAAAAUACCCCAGCAGACAGUGCUUUUACCUAUUAAUUUCUCAGGUAGUGCCAGUUAGUAGAAUUGAUAGCCAUAUCAUCAUAGAAAUUUGAGAACUGCAUAACAAAAUAUCACCCAAUCAUGAGAGAAGUGUGUAGAAUAUUGAUUGGUUUAGGUUUGGCACAGUAUAUACAUGUCUGUAUUCUCAUAUGUUGAUUAUCUGCCCAACAGCUAUCUGAAACUGAUGCAUUGCCAUCAUGCAUACUGUAGUGGCUGGCAACAUCCCUAUUAAUAUUAGCUGGGAUUCUAUUAAAACAUAUUAGAUAUACAUUUGAGAAGCUACACAGUAAUAUCAAAUGUAAGAGGUCUGGGUAUUAACAUUAGCAUAAGAUGAUUGUCAGAAGCUCUCUAUCAUAUGUCACCAAUUCUAGUCCAAUAUGUCACCAGUUCCAUAUAAGAAUGUUUUAUUUGUAGGAUUUUGUAUUUCUGUAUGUAAAACCUAUUUGUUUACUUUAACCACUACAGAGUCUGUCAAGAUAACAAUCUUUAAAAUAAAAUAUAACUAAUCUUGGUGGAGUUGAGAAUACAUUCCUGCUCACUCUGUCAAUAUCAGUAAAAUUAAUAAUGUUAUUGUCCAUAUGUAUCUGUAUUAACCAUGUCUUGGACAUUUACCCUGCUUGACAGAGUUUGAGUAAUGUGUUGUCAUUUCUCAACAGCAGUUUCAUAACAUGUGAAAAGUAACAAUAUGCUGGAACUCAUCUAUCUUUCAUAAUCUUAUGGUGACAUCACUCACCAUGUGAUUACACCAUAAUAAGUUCUUAAAGAAAAAAUGGGCAAUGAUUUCCAUGUUACUAUAUUUUGUUUGUCAUUAUGUAAGUUCAGAGUGAGUAGACUUACAGUCUGACACAGGUACAGAACACAGUUGAUCUAUCUAAUUUACCAGAUGACCAACUGCACAGUGUUGGAAGGUGGUGGUAUAGUGUUAUGGAAAUUUUUCAAACAGUAGUUCUAUGUGCAGUCAGGCUUCAAUCUGCAAUGUGGUUCAUGUGCUGUUACUUUGAAAAUUGAAAACAAUUUUGUUUCUAACAUGUGGCCUAAGCGAUCAACAGAAAUGACUGAGGUGGCCUUGAACUGAUCACUGUGUAAAUUGGCCUUGUAUGCAUAGUUUAAUGUAAAACCAGAGAGACUUCAUUUUGUACUUUUCUAUUAGUAACAUGAAAGAGCUUCCAUUACCUGUAAGAUUCACACUGUUGUUUAUCUCCAAGAAAAGUAUUUCCAAUUUAUAAACAUUUGCUUGUAGUUUGUUUUUGAAAGUUUUAUUCCAGUGCAGGGCUUGAUUUACAUUUUUAAUCACAUAUUUAUAAUCUGAUAUUGCUAAAGACUGUCAAUAUUUAAGGAGAGUUACUAAAUGUGGUAUUAAGAGAGGAGUAAUUGCUGUGAAACAGAAGAUAUCUCUCUUAAUUUAUUUUUAUGUUGCAUAAAGUAUUACUAUGUUUUAAUAAUUAAUUUUCUAAUGUAUAUUUGUGAGAAGUUUUGUAUUUCACAUUGUCUUUAUUGAAAAUGGCAUGUAGGGACAGCUUUUUUUUUACGUUUAUAUAAGCGCCGUUUUAAAAUGUUACUGCAGUAUUCUUUUGUAUCUGAAAGUGUUAUUCAAGACUGAAUUCUCCAUUUAUUGCACCAAUAACAUAUUAGGAUGAACUGUGCAGAAACCUAUUCCUGAAAGUCUGCCCCAAUAUGUUUGGGUUUGUGUUCUGCUGAACGUUAAAACAGUUUCAUGGGAAAAAGUGCAAAAAAUAUUGUGAUGGUAAAAGUUAAUGAGGGCAAUGUUUUUUUUUUUUCUCCCCAGAGCAGUGAUUACUAUGGGAUGUGAAGGAGACACAGUUGGGUAGACAGUGUGUAAUGUGACAGCCACAUCAGAACUGUUACACACACUUGAUUUGGUGGCAGAAAUGUAAACUUAGCUCUUUAUGUUACAAUAGGACCACUACAUUAUGCAUACUGUAUUCUCCAAGAAAUGCCCAGGGCAAGCUACAUACCGUGCACAAUACUGAAGCUUUUAUUUUGCACUCGCACACCACCGUCUGUUCUCUUGCCCCUCAUUUAUUACUGAAAACUUAUCUUCCCGUGAAACUGACACAUGCCACGUUACAUGGCAUAGAGGAAAACUGCUCUGGGUGGAACUGACCCUAUUUUUAACCUUUGCCAAUUAUAAUUACUUGCAGUCAAAUGAACUAAAAUCUCAUGAAACUGUAUUUUUUUAUUAAAUGAACUGAGAUAUUAGGUUUAUCCAUGACUGUUUGUCUGUCUGUAAUUCAAAUGAUUUGCUGAACAUGUGAUGAAGGAAUUAAAAAUUGCCUAGAUAUUUAUCUGAUGGAAUGGUCCUGAACUGAAGGGAGAUGGGUGGGAGGGGAUUAAUAUCUGCAGUAAUUUUGAAAUGUAACAACUGUAUUGUCCUAUAAAUAUUUGUAAAUGGAGAAAUAAAUUGUAAUAGUUUAUUCAUCUACAUAAAUAGAAGGUAAUUAUUUUAAUUCAUACUUCCUAAUAAUACUGUUGAGUGGACUUCUGUAUUGAGAUUUGCUGCUGCAUGUGAUUCUCUAGUAAAGUCAGAACACUUAAAGCAGUGCAUUUAUGCAUUUACUGACACACAAAUAGUAUCUUUUUUAUUUGUGAUUGAAUAUUUGUAAUUUUUCAAAGAAAAACAACUUUGUCAGAAAUUUUGUACAAGAAUUUAAAUACACAGUAUUAAUGUGUCAUUUACUGAAUGUUUCUGAACAUUUAACAGUCUUAUCUGCUAUGUAUGAUGAUUUGUGAAAUAAAUUUUGAUUACUAUCACUGAA